CACCUGGAUGUUUCAUCUGAAAUAUAUUUGGCUCUUUACUUUUAACGAUCUCAAGACUAUUGUGGUGCCGGAAACAGCAUUGGGAAUUAUCACCGCAAUAUCUGCUCCAGCAUUUGGAAUACCUGUAUCGGCAGCGCUUUCAUACUCCUCGAUUCUACGAAGAACUCCUGUAGUUACUUUCUGGGUCUGGGUAAACUUGCUUCCCAUGACCAUUGAUAACCAACGACGGCCAAGUUCCAUUCUUGAAGAUGGACUUAACAAACCUUGGAGGCCGAUGCCUUCGAACAGACUUACACCAAGGCAAGCUAAGAGUCUUAUGCUGGCACUAUACCCGAUUGCAGUUUUGACGAGUUUUGUGUUUGGCGGAUUCAGACCAUGUAUAUCCUUAAUGUUGCUUGGUUGUUGGUACAAUGGCUUUGGUGGAAGCGACGUUAGCUGGAUAUCACGGAAUUUUCUUAAUGCCUGCGGGUUCGUAUGCUAUGCAGCAGGUGCAACAGAAUUUCUGAUUAUCUGGGCAAUUGUGCUUACAACUGUCCAAACGCAAGAUAUGGGGGAUCAAGCGGCUGACGCUCUUCGUGGUCGAAAGACAUUACCAUUGGUUUUUGGGGACAGCAGAAGCAGGACCAUCACUUGCUUCCCUAUUGCUCUUUGGUCAUCUGGCUGUCCAUGGUACUGGCAAUCCGCGGUCCUAGCUUACCUUCCUUGCCUAACCCCGGGGGCUAUAAUAAUGUUACGCACUUUAACAAAGAGAUCCGCGGAAGACGACAAUGCAACUUGGAAAUUAUGGAACUUCUGGCUAGUCAUCCUGUACAAUCUACCUCUUGUGAAAUAUAUGAGCAUGGAAUAGCCAUUCAAUACGAACAAGCUUGAAG